AUGAUCACUGAGGUCAGCUCGUUGAGUGGCAACCUUUUCAGAGGCAGCAUUCCUCCCAAAUUCUUCUAUGUCAGCCAGGGGCAGUCAGCAGGGGCGAACAGCAUCCAACAGAUUAAAAUCAGCAGCACCAACGUCCUCGAAUCCCUCACAUAUAUUGACCUUAGCCUCAACUACCUUGAUGGAACAAUCCCCACCGAUAUCUCCAAGCUCACAGAACUCCGUGUGCUGAAUCUGAGCUCCAACUCCCUCACUGGAACAUUCCCCAAAGGAGUCUUAGAGCUGACGCAACUCACUUUGCUUAACCUUAGCUCCAACUACUUUGAAGGAACAAUUCCCGAAGAGAUAUCCAAGCUCUCGCAACUCCAAGUGCUUGACAUGAGCAACAACCUUCUGACUGGAAGCCUGCCGCAGGGCAUAAGCCAAGUCACUCAACUCGCAGUCCUUGACCUUAGCUCCAACUCCCUAGGUGAAAGCAUCCUCGAUGAGAUAUCCAAGCUCACGCAACUCACCGUGCUUGACAUGAGCAACAAUGGCCUCACUGGGAGUGUGCCGCAGGGCUUGUCCAAUCUCGGGCAACUUAGAGUGCUUGAUCUCAGUUCCAAUUCGCUUGGGGAAACCAUCCCUCAAGAGAUAUCCAAGCUCACGCAACUCAGUGUGCUUGAUAUGAGCAACAAUCGCCUGAGCGGGAGUGUGCCACAGGCCUUGGCCGGCCUCACUAAACUCACAGUCCUGAGCCUGCGCAAAAACCAGCUGAGUGGCUGUCUGCUGCAGCCCAUCCCUCCCUCCGUGAAGCAGUACCAACUAGACAGCAACUUCUUCUCCUGCGGCUUCUCCACUCCACCCGACUGCACCAACACCAUCAUAGCCGUGCAAGCCAACUGCCUGGGCGCCACAGACGUGCCGCCCUGCCCCAUGGACCCGCAGCGAGUGAAGGAGGUCUGUGCUUCCUUCUGCGGCCUCUCUGCUGCCACGCCUGUGUGCAACGGGCAUGGCACCUGCUUUUAUUCUGGCCCCAACAGGAUCCCCACGUGUGCCUGCGAUGCCGGCGAUGGUGGCGGUGCAGCGAUGGCGGUGAAGGGAGCAGCAGCGGUGCAGCCGGAUAAGAGCGUGGUGCUGACGAGCAACAGCCAGGCCGCGUGGGGUACUGCGUUCCUGGUGUCGCGCGUGCGGCUCUUCUCCUACACCGUGAAGAACCACUCGUGCGGCCGCGACAUCGCCCUCAAGCUCUCCUUCUCCUUCUCCCUCGCCCCGGCCACCACCAGCAACGGCGUCGGCAAGGGCGGCCUCACGUUCGUCAUCGCAGCAGCAGAUGCCGUUCCCGGGGGAGACGGCAGCACACUGGGUUACUCCGGCAUGAGCGAGCGCAGCAUCGCAGUGGAGUUCGACACGUUUCAGGAUGCGAGCAGCAGCGACCCGGACAGCAGCCACGUGGGCAUCAACGUCGGCGGCUCCGUGGUUUCCAUCUCCACUGCAGCGGUGCCAGGGCUGAACACAGGGAGCACCAAGUACACGUGGAUCGACUACUCUCCCAUGAAAGGCGGCCUGCUGUCCGUGUAUGUGGCCAGUGCUGCCUCUCGCCCCGCCAAGCCGACUCUCAAGCGCAGUGUGUCGCUGUGUGACGUGCUGAAGCCCACGUUUGAGCAGGCCACGUUUGUGGUUGGCUUCACUGCUGCCUCGUCUGACCCGCCUCAGAAGCACACCGUGCUGCAGUGGUCGCUGGAUACAGAUUUUCCAACUCAGGACGCCAUGUCACUUCUAUGUUCUGACUGCCAUGAGACAGUUGCUGCUGCGCUACCGCUGGGCUUCACGCUGGCAGAGGCCACGUUCACAACCACGGGAGUCAACCGCUUCUUCCGCUACGCCAGUGCCGGCGCGCUGCAACCCCCUGCAGGCACAGGCACAGGAGGAGCAGCAGCAGCAGGGGCGAGCGCAGACGAGGAGCAGCAGUGGGCAGUGGCGACGGACAUGACAUGGGUGCGCGCAGACCUGCUGCCUCACUGGCCGGUGCGCAGCCAGGCGGGGUGUGGCGACUGCUGGGCUUACGCUGUCGUCGCCAGCAUAGAAGCCGCCUAUGCCAUCCUCUCAGCCAAUGGCUCACUGCCCGUCUUCUCCGUUGAUUCGCUUGUUGCGAGCAUGAAGGCUGAUUGCUCCGGAGGCUCCCCUUCUAAGGCCUUCCAGUACUUGCUCGCUGUUGGCAAGCAAGGCGGGGGGCUGCAGGUGGAUGGGGUGGGGGGAGGAGCAAGUGGAGCAGCGGGGAGGGCGCAGAGGGCUGGAGGGAGGGGUGCGGCGGGUGUGACUGUGGCAGAGGGAAGCGGUGUGGUGGGGUUGCAGGGGAAGCAGGGGGGGUCAGCUGUGGCGGCGGCGGCGGGUGGGAAUGCCCUGUGCUCGCCGCUGCUGAAGCCGAUUGCGGCGCUCUUGGGAGUGAAGUGCACACCCAAGGAGAAAGCCCGGGCUGGCAUUGUGCGGCCGGGCUACAGCAUAACGGGCUUUGAGCGGGCGGCCUUCUACAGCUGGUUUGGGCUCGUGCUGGCCGUGCAGCGGCAGCCUGUGGUGGUGCACAUAGAGGCGUCUGCUGACUCCUUUCUCAACUACGAUGGGCUGUCCAAGUACCAGGACCCGGCAUGCUUCACGUACAACCUGAACCACGUGGUGCUGCUGGUGGGGUACCGCCUGGUGGGGACAGAUGAAGCCUUCCCCCACAUGGCGCCUCCAUUCUGGAUCAUCCGCAACUCGUGGGGGCCUCACUGGGGGGAUGGGGGCCACAUGCGCAUGGACAUCCAGGGGGGGGAUGGCGUGUGCGGCAUCAACACGCUUCCUGGGAUUUACCCGAUUGUCAUUGACAAGCAGGAUCCGUGCAACAGCGGGUCGCACCACGACCCUUUUGGUGCCGUGUUGAACCCAUGUGGCAACUUCACAUGCACAGUGACUGCUGAUGGCACGUCCAACCGCUGCGACUGCAACACGGCAUCUGAUGGUCGAUUCAUUGAGGCCAUCAACACCGAUGGCUCCCGCACCUGUGCCUAUGUGGAUGCGUGUGCAGCGAACAUCCGCAACCCGUGUGCGGUGGGCACGUGUGUGAAUGACGGGGCGGGGUCGUACUCGUGUGUGUGUCCACCGGGCUUCAGGCAGGGCACCACCGUUGAUGGCACCUUCUCCUGUGCUCCUGGCAGCACCAAUGGCACCUACACCAUUGUAUCGAGCAAUGUCAAGUGCUCAGACAUUUUCCCCAUCUACGGCCUCUCCCAACAGCAGCUCCAGCAGCAGAACCCGGCCAUCUCGUGUGACUCUGCUCUACCGGUGAACUCUGUGCUUCAAGUUGCCCCACCCACCACCAUCACCCCCUGCACCGUCUACUACACCACUGAGCAGGGUGACACGUGUGAGGCCCUGGCGACGUACUUGUCGCUGGCCAGCACGUGCCCAUCCGCCGAGUGCACGGCAGCCUUCCAGGCGCUCAACCCGGGGGUGGACUGCACCGCCAACAGCGCCAAGCUGCCCCCGAGCCAGGCCGUGUGUGUGGAGCGGCGGGCGGAGAUGGUGGGGGUGGUGGCGCUGUGCUCGCAGUACUACUAUGUGGAGAGCGCCGAGACGUGCGAGUCCAUCCGCAACGUGCCCGACCCGCCUCUCUCCCGCGUUGACUUCUACCGCCUCAACCCCGGCAUCAAGUGCAGCCGCCUCGUGCCCAAGACCGACGUUGGCACCUUCACCGGCUUCGAGGCUUGUGUUGGGAGCACGGACAGUCUUCUCCAAGGGACAUGUCCCCGCGCCACUGCCAUUACAAUCGGCACUGGUGAUCGCUGCACUGCAAUCCAGGUCAAGUAUUUUAGAGGUGUGAAAGGCUGCUACAAGCACAUGAACGGUUACGACUGCAUAGACAGGCUGAUUAAGGGUACAAAAGUGUGCAUUCCGAGCAAGGUGAAAAUAGCACAGGGCAAAUGUGAGCCUUGA